GUCUGCAACUUUCUCCCAAUCCCAGACACCUCGAAGGGGCUCCAAGGAGGGAUCGGGAGGGGUGGGCUGUGGUGGUUUUUUUUUUUCUCCUGGAUCCUGAUGCCAUCCCCCCACCCCCCGAACUGAGGUCCUCCUCCCUCUCCUCCUCCUCCUCGCAGGCCCGCAAGCCGCGAUCCAGGGGGAGCUGGCGGGUUAGGUGCCCCCCUCUUCUCCCUGCCCCCCUCCGGGCCCGCGUCGUGUGUCCCCCCCCAGAGAUGAUGCAGCAGGACGAGUCGAGCUCUCCAGUCUCCCCGGCCGACGACAGCCUGAGCAACAGCGAAGAGGAGCCCGACCGGCAGCAGCAGCCCAGCGGCAAGCGAGGGGGGCGCAAGCGGAGAUCCAGCCGGCGCAGCGCAGGAGCGGCCGUCGGAGUCGGGGAGGAGCCGUGCAGCCCGGCCCAAGGCAAGCGAGGCAAGAAGUCCGGCGCCGGGGGAGGCGGCGGCAGCAGCAGCGGCGGAGGCAGCCCCCAGUCCUACGAGGAGCUGCAGACGCAGCGGGUCAUGGCCAACGUGCGGGAGCGCCAGCGCACCCAGUCCCUGAACGAAGCCUUCGCCGCCCUGCGGAAGAUCAUCCCCACCCUGCCCUCGGACAAGCUCAGCAAGAUCCAGACCCUCAAGCUGGCGGCCAGGUACAUCGACUUCCUCUACCAGGUCUUACAGAGCGACGAGCUGGACUCCAAGAUGGCCAGCUGCAGCUAUGUGGCCCACGAGCGGCUCAGCUACGCCUUCUCCGUGUGGAGGAUGGAGGGCGCCUGGUCCAUGUCCGCAUCCCACUAGCAGGGAGGGGCCCCCACCCGCACCCCCAGGGAAGGAGACCUAGAUGACAUUGUUCCCAAAGAAGGAGAAAAUGGACAGUCUAGAGACUCUGAAGUUGGAUACCAUUUUAAAAAAUAAUUAAAAAAAACUAUGCCAAGGAUUUUCUU